AUGGCUACCACAACUCCAUCCAACCCGAUAGUUACGAAAUCUUCUUUCGAGCUGAUUGAUAACAUUAGUGUCAAAGACCAGCUUGAUAAGCCUCAACACCAUGUCGAGCUUGACAAGUUUGGUGCGGCCGAGAAGUCCGACCCUGCUGAGAUUGCCCUCGUGAGGAAGAUUGAUCUCUACAUGCUCCCAAUCCUGUGGCUCAUGUACUUCUUCAACUUCCUCGAUAGAAAUGCGAUUGUCAACGGCAAAAUCAACGGCCUUGACAAAGAUCUUGGAAUGAAAGGGACGGAGUACAACACUUGUGUCAGCAUCUUUUUUGUUGGCUAUCUCGUUGGCCAGGUUCCUUCGAACAUGAUUUUGACCCGUGUCAAACCCGCGUGGUAUAUGUCCGGCUGGAUGAUGGCAUGGGCGAUCGUGAGUACCCUCAUGGCCAUUGUCAAGGGUUACCAUGGGAUGUUGGCAGCUAGAUUCAUGCUCGGUAUUGUGGAAGCCCCAUUUUAUCCAGGCGGACUAUACUUGAUUAGUCUGUUCUAUAAGCGUAAGGAGACUGCUGCUCGACUCUCUAUAUUCUACACCGGGAACCUGCUUGCGAGUUCCUUCUCCGGUCUUAUCGCCGCUGGAGUUUUCUCAGGCCUCGACGGCCGGAAUGGUUGGGAGGGCUGGAGGUGGCUUUUCCUUAUUCAAGGUCUCAUCACAGUUGGAGUUGCUGUUGCGGCCUUUUUUCUACUCCCAAACGCGCCCCUCAACACCAGGUGGCUGUCUCCCGAGGAGCGACAACUGGCGCAUAAUAGAAUCGCUGCUGAUACUACCGGAAAACGAGAUAAAGUCGAUGUGUGGAAAGGUCUUCGCGAAGCCUGUUUCGAUUAUCGAACAUGGAUCUUUGCACUCAUGCAGAACUUCCACUUGUCGGCAAACGGCUUCAAGAACUUUCUCCCCACAGUCGUAAAGACUCUCGGCUUCAACGACACCAUUACUUUAGUCUUGACUUGUCCGCCCUAUCUUUUUGCCGGCGUCAUGUCCGUCCUUGUAUCUUGGUCCUCAGGAAAACUUAACGAGCGUACCUGGCAUAUCUCCAUCUCGAAACUCGUCGCAAUAAUUGGUUUCAUGAUUGGUACCCUAACCCUCAACGUGGGUGCGCGCUACUUCGCCAUGGUCCUUUUCGUAGGCGCAACGUACGGCGUCAACAACAUCAACCUGGCGUGGGCUGCCGCAGUGUUGGGUCAGACCGACGAAAAGAGGGCCGUCGUUCUCGCCAUUUCGAACACACUCGGAAAUCUAUCAUUUGUCUAUACUCCGUACUUAUGGCCUGAUUCUGACAAACCGCGCUUCGGCAUGGCGAUGUGGGCUUCCGUUGGGUUCUCCGCAGGUGUCGUCCUCUGUGCUUGGGUGUUGAGAUUCAUCAUGCAGAGGGACAACAGGAAGAUCAGGGCUCAGGAUAAUGAGGCCGUGAACUUUUACGUUUACUAG